AAAAAGUCUCUACGCGUAUGUGUUUUGGGUAUAUAAAAGCUUAUUCGUGGGUAUCUUUCUAGGGAUGAACGACAUGCAACGAUGAAAUCAGAGAGAUGGAUGAUGAUGAACAUUGGUCGAUUAACACCAUUGUUCUUAUCUUCGUUUUGUAUAACUCUCUUCUUCACCGGUUUUUUCGUUUAUCAGAAUCCUUUUCAAUCCAUUUCCGAUCAAAAUUUUCUUUCUCUUCUACCUCAAAUCGAUCCUGAAUGUGAUUUGUUCAAGGGACAUUGGAUUCCUGACAAAAGAGGAGCUUUGUACACGAACUCAACUUGUUCUACGAUUCCUGACUCAAAGAACUGCAUAAAACAAGGGAGACCAGACAGAGAUUUUUUGUUCUGGGGAUGGAAACCCGAUGGUUGUGAUCUUCCGAGGUUUAAUCCGAAGGUGUUUCUCAGUAUGGUUCGAGGGAAGAAGAUGAGUUUUGUUGGUGAUUCUGUAGCUAGGAACCAUAUGGAAUCACUUCUUUGCUUGUUGUCAAUGGAAGAAACUCCUAAGGACAUCUACAAGGAUGGAGACGACAGAAACAGGAUUUGGUACUUUCCAAAUCACGAUUUCACUCUUUCCACCUCUUGGACUAAGUUUCUUGUGGCGGAACGAGAGAGGAGAGAUGGUAACAAUACGGGAACUGGAUUGUUUGAUCUUGAUAUUGGCGAGAUCGAUGAAGGGUGGUUUAAGGGUUUGCCAAAUACAGACAUUGCUAUUGUUUCGUCUGCUCAUUGGUUUUUCAGACCGAUAUUUAUACACAGAGGAGAUGAGACACUUGGUUGCAUUUACUGUAACUUACCAAACAUGACUCAGAUUAGCCCGGAAGAAGGGUUUAAGCUUGUAUACUCAGCUGUCCUUAAGCACAUCGACGAGUGUGAGAAGUGUAAGGAUGAUUUGGUGACAAUACUGAGGACUAUUUCACCAGCCCAUUUCGAGAAUGGGACUUGGGAUACCGGAGGAGCUUGCAGCAGGAGGAGUCCUUUCGGAGAAAACCAAAUUGACGUGCAGAGCAAUGAGAUGAAGAUCAGGAAAUCUCAAAUUGAACAACUUGAAGGUAUAACAAAACGAGACAACAAAGCCAAGAAGUUUGCGGUUUUGGAUGUGACGAGGGUUAUGCUGAUGAGACCCGAUGGGCAUCCGAAUGGUUACUGGGGAAAUAAAUGGAUGAAAGGUUACAAUGAUUGUGUCCAUUGGUGUUUGCCUGGUCCAAUCGAUGCUUGGAGCGAGUUUCUGAUGGCGAUCAUUAGACAGUUAAGAAGAUGAUUUGUGAAUAUAAAACAUUCUUAUACCUUUAUUCUCAAUAAGCAUAAUACUCAUAUGAUUUUUAUCAAAGAUACACAAUAUUCAAAAUUACACGAAACUUUCAUUGACCUCUUA